GGUACUUUAAAUUUAUAUGCAUCAUUUAAGUAAGCCCACUUAGAAUGCAUAGUAUUCCAAUUUUUAUGAACUUCACAAAAUUAAAAAAUAACUUGUAAUUUUUGUGUACCUUAGGUCUCAUGCUUGAAUUUAUUAUUUUGAAAUCAGUAAUAGUAUUUAGUUGCAAGUUGUUUGCAACUCUGCUGACUUUACGUGUGACAUAACCAUAACAUUCAGCCUUAUACAGAUACAAGCCUGCUGGUCAGUGACAGACAAACUACAAAAAAAAAGCUUCUAUGACUAUGCUGCCUUAGGUCAUCAGUAUGUUACCCUUGCUACUAGUGGAGUUUUCGGCUUUUAACCCAAGAACACCUGAUGAGGAUGCGAUUAGAUACGAGAAUGGACGUGAAAUGCGAGGCCAAAGCAUGGUGGUGGAGUGGGCAAGAGGUCCAUCAUAUCGUUCAUCUACUUACUCUGUAAAAUCAGGUGGUGGGCUUUCACGUUCGGCUUAUGAAGAAUGUUACCACUGUCGCCGAUCUGGUCACUGGGCUCGUGACUGUCCAAAGCUAGAGAGAGAUCGUUAUUAUCCUAGAAGAAACAGAUCAAGAUCACGAUCUCGCAGAGGAAAAAGCUACAGUCGAAGCCGAUCAAGGAGUAAGGAACGCAGAUCUUACCGCAAGAGAAGCAGAUCUUGUAGUCGUAGUCGUGGCAAUAGUAAAAAAAAUCACAGUAGAACGAGGAGCAGAUCUCUCUCUGGCUCAAGGUCUCAUUCAAGGGAGCAUGAAGAUGAGAAACAAAGGAGCAAUAAAGAUGAUGGUCAUAGCAGAAGCCGAUCACCUAGUAAGAGUCGUUCACCUUCUCCUGAAAGUAUGAAAUGCAAAAGUCGAAGCCCAAGUGAAGAAAAUGUUCACGAAGAGAAAGGGAAUGAAGAUGAUAAGGAGUGGGACAACUGCUCAAGAAGUAGAAGCCACAGUGUAAGCAGAUCUCCAGAUAAAAGUCCAACUAUUCAUAAUCAUAAAGACCAGAAUGACGAUGGCGAUGCUGGCAGUGAACAGAAUGACAGACAGGAAUCGACUCCUUAAGAAAUUGUUUAUUUGUUUUCUUUUAUGUCCACUUGUUAACUUUAUUUGUUUUGUAUCUAUUUUUGAACUUAAUUGACUAGCUGUAUGUAUAAAAUAAGUUACAUUAUUCAUCUCUCACUUGUGUAUUUUUCCUUGAAAAAGACAAAAAAUAUAAGUUUUUUGACAUGUGUUCAUUAUAAUUUCUGAAAUAUAUUGUGGUUUUCUAGACAACUAAAUAGAUGCAUGUUUUGUGCUACAAUCGUAACAAUGUUUCUAAAAAUCUUAAUGACAUUAAAACAUAAUCAUUGUUAAGCAGGCUUUAAUCUUCAUUGUGUUUUACAUUGUAUUCUUAGUUUCUGACCAAAGAAUGGGAUUUGGGAAAAAUAUCUUGAUCAUUUCUAAGGUUGCAUGAUAAAUUUUAUGAAUUUGGUUUACUGUAGCUUGAAAUUGUAACAAGUUAAAAGAAAUAAAGGUAAUUUUAACAGUA